AACGUUAUCCGAAAUGCAACGAUGACCAAUACAGUUGUUUUAUAAUGGAUACAAGCGGUUUCAUAAUUUUGCACAAGGAUUUUGUCGAGUGUCACAAAACUGAUCAACAGAUCGAAGGGUUACACAUCACAGCCAAGGAGCCUCAUAUAGCAAGCCAUUUGAUAUCAAAUGGAUUCAUGAAACGAGGAGCAUGUAUGGAUUUUGAUUCCAUUAAAUAUUACUACACAUGGACUGUGGACUAUGAUAGAAUACAGACAACGUUCAUAGACACUAUGGCGGGAAAUAGAGUUCCUUACUACGAGUUACACGCUCUUGAAAAUACAAAUGCUCUAGUUGGUAUAAAAAAGAAACAGAAAAGUACUAAAUCCUCAAAUUGUAAAUGUUCAUUGGAUGCCUAUUACGCUAGUGCGAAAUAUCAAUGUGUUAAACUGGGCAGCUCUAAUAAGUUUUGUGAGUGUCCGUGCUAUUCCAGGGCUCAGUUUGACUAUUGUAACAACGACUUUCCACUGAGAAGUGAUGGUUACCCCACGUGUACACCAGAUAUACCGCCAUCGAAAAUAAUUACAAAUAUUGACCAAGAGACGGUGCAGUCGUAUGAUGCUUGUUUUGACAUAAAUUGUUUAGACAAAGAGACCAGGAGUGAUUGUCUUCACUCUGGUAUAUGUGAAUGGAAAAAGUCCCGGGUGUGUUUAUUUGCGAAUUGUGAAAUACAAUCGGGUGCUGAGAGAGAAAAACAGAAACCGACACAGACACGUGGCAACCAAGACGGAAAAAAUGCUGACAUGGGUAGCAUGGGUAUAAUAAUUGGGUGGUGUGUAGGGGGAGCGUGUGUUCUGCUUGGUAUAAUAAUUACUAUCAUAUGUGUCUACAAAUAUAAGCAAAAAAGAAAAGUAACUGCAAGGCAAAGAUCCAUGGAGCUUCAGAACAUUGCGAACACCCAUCGUGCUUAUACUGUAUCUGGGUCAUAUGAUGACCGCCCAUCACCAUAUAAAUCUGCAAUGCAUUUUAACGAUACGAUGCCAGGGGACGUGUUGCAUUUAAAACAUAGCUAAGAUCAUUGCACCACUUAUAGUAUUACAAAAAUGAAUAUUAUACGGUGGGUGAGAUUGCAAGAUAGAGAUAUUAACUAUAGUCUUAGUCACUGUAGCUUUAUUCUUCUGUCAAAUAUAAUUGCAUUCUGACUUACAAUUUUAGCCAUCUGACUUAAGAUUAUAUCAACGUGUUGAAAUGAAAAUUAUACAAAGCUUAUUGAAAACUAUCGAUUUUAUUAGAAUUUUACUUGCAUAACAUAAUUAUUCAAAUAGUACGUGG